AUGGUAGAGCAUAGACCUCUUAUCGGUUUCAGGUUCUCGGCAACGGCAUCUUCGUCGCUUUACGAGCCGCUGUGUGCUAAUGGCGGCUACAACGACGGGGGUAAGGUGCGUCGACGAAAACCGCGUAAGGAGCGUUUUCGAAAGGCAUAUGUGCCGAGCACGAUAAGCUCAAUAACAGAAAGCAGUAUGACUAGCUUGUCUCUUCCAAGGAUACUAGAAGUGAACUUGUCGAUGAGAUCUACACCGUACCUCGGUAUUUCCGUUGGAAGUUUUCAGGGUAGCAUACUCGUCAGCGAAAUAUUGCCUGACGGCGCUGUUGCAAAGGAUGGCCGUAUAGAAGUCGGUGAUCAAAUCGUCCAAGUAAACAAUCGAUCAUUUGAGAAUCUCACGGAGGCACAGGCCGUGCGUGUUCUCCGGGAAGUUGCCGCAGCAAAAAAGCCGUUGGUGUUGUUUGUUGCGAAAUAUUCUCGAGGCAAUGAUUAUGAUCCGCUUUCAACGCUUGCAUCAGAAACGCUUCCACUCGACGUUUCACUUUGGGUUCAAACCGCCGCGCAGUGCUCUGAGCGACAGCGCAUUUAUCGUGAAAGGGGAUUGUCUGAUGAGCUGACGGAGACGUUUGACGAAAAUACGCUAGGUACCAUGAGGGAAACCGACGAUGAGGAGGAGCGAGCGCUGUACGAGCAAAGACGGCAUGGUGUGCCUCAAGUGAAUAUUGAGGAGCUUGAGAGAAGGCGAGAAAAUGAGCAAAAUGAGCAUAAAGCUACUCAACGUCUGUCAAUAACAAUGGAUCCCGUAAUAAUCUUGAGAGCGCUUGCGAGGCCAGAUUCUGGCCGUGAUCUCGUUGAUUGGUUGCUGGAGCAUGUAGAAGAUUUAAGCGAUAGGAAAGCGGCACGCCAUUACGCAGCUGAAUUGCUCAAGGCUGGGCUUAUCCGUCAUGUAGUCAGCAAGCUUACUUUUACAGAAAAGUGCUACUAUGUCUUUGGUGAUGCAGUAGUUGGUGUCAGGGGCGGUGCUGAUAGCACUCAGAAUAGUGGAGGAACAGCGAAGGUUGAGGCGACGACAGAGGUGACCUACGUGGGUUCACCGGCGCCCACUGGCGGCCACCACGGUAACGUUUUACGACCAUUCGGCCAGCAACAGCCCGCAGGACCGCAUCAGGUAGCCGAUCAAACUUGGCCGUUCAGCCCGAUAACGGUGUUCGAUUCGUCACGAAGGUUUAGAAAUGGCUGUGAAAGUCCAAUGACAAAUGACUACGCGUCAAUGGUUGGCGGAGAGAGCAGUGCCUCGUACGCUAUGGGUGUUGGCAGAGGUAUUCCACGGGCCUUGAACACACCGGUUGAUGGCACGUCGGACAUGCAAUCGAACCUCGCCCCUCCACAUCCUAGCCCAUGCGAAACGGUGUUCGAAGACGAUGACAAAAGGAGAAUAUUGCGACGAUAA